AUGAAGUACUUCAAGUCUCUGACAAGCUUGCUCAGUAUCGCCUCUCUGGCUUUAUUUACUUUCGGUCAGGAUACGAGUCUCGAUACUGUCGUGUCGGCGUUUAACGAUGCGAACAUUCCCGCGAACGCGAGUAUUACCUUUGACCCAACGACCUUGUUGGAAGUCUCCUUCCCGCAAGCCUCGGGUCCGCAGGUGAACGUCACAGCAGGUGUUCAACUCCCUCGGAACCAAACUGCUAUACCCCCUGUCUUUGGCAUCCUCAACGCCUCGUCGACCGUUGCGAACGAGACUUUCGUAGUCGCGAUGGUUGACCUCGAUGCUCCGACGCCGCAAGAUCCCUCAAGCGCACAGAUUCGACAUUUCCUUGGUGGCAACUUUGUAGCAGGCCCAGCGGAUGCAGAUGGUCUCCAGCUUUUGUCAAACUCGACUCCUGCGUUGUCCGAAUUCCAGCAGCCUACCCCACCUGCCGGUUCCGAUCCUCACAGAUAUGUGUUCCUUCUCUUCGACCAGCCUGCAGACUUCAACAACCAGACCGAGGUGAACUCGACGACCUCGAUUGCUAACUUCAAUAUCAGCCAAUUUGCGUUGGACGUUGGACUUGGUAACCCGUUGGGUGGGACGUUUAUCUUGGUCGGCCCCGAUCCAUCCACCAGCACCUAA